CUCUUUUCGCUAAUCGGUUUGGAUUUCGAUUAGUCUCUCUUUAAAAUUGUGCGGAUGCGGAUGUAAUAAAAACUGUUGACGCGGAUGUAACACAAUUUUGUUAUUGUGUAUGGAUUGAGUCCUUCACUUGUGUUUGUAAUACGUGCAAUGCGUGACUUCGGAAAAAAGUUUUAAAAAAUGAAAAAAAUGAAGAUGUAAUUUUUUAAAAACCGAUGUGUUGUGAAUGUAAUUCGGUUUAGUAUGAAUUAAACCGUUUAAAAAAAUUUGAAUCCAUACCGAAAGUUAUAACAAAUCCGUAAGGAAUUACAUAGUGUAUAUAGUCAAUGUGUAUAAAGAAAAAAAAGCACGAAGUGAAUAUAGCAAAGCAAAAGGUAGAGCAGUUUGUUUGUGUAUGUGUGUAUAAAGUGGGAAAGGAUGAAGAAUAGCAAGUAAAAGUAACAAGCAAAAAAUAAUAGACGAUUGGAAAAAAGCCAAAUAAUGUCAAGCGGCGAAUAGUGCAAUAAAAGAUCUCAACAGAGGAAUAGCAAAUAUGGUGUCUUACAUAUCAAAUUAGCAUAUAUUUUUACGAUCAAAUUAUAAGAAACAGGGUAAGAUUGCCCCUAAACCAGACAAAUAAUAAUAUUUUUCAGUGUCAAAAUAUGUGUACAUAUGUACAUGUAUAUAGUAUAUAUAAUAUGUGCUUCAGUGUUAACCGGUAGAUAUAUGUAGGUUUUUAAAUAAAUGAAUGCAAGUGAAUUGAGGGAAGAAGUGAGUGCUGGCACUACAUGUGCACAAAAAGCAUAAAAAAUAUAUUAAAAAAAAAAAAAAUUAAAAAUGCUAUUACAUUCAUUGUCAAAGAAAAUGAUUCUAGUAAGUUUUAUGUGUUUGUUGUGCUUGGUGGCUGUGGAUGCUAGAGGUGCAGCAAGCGGUGAUAACUUUUCAUAUAGAGCUACAAUAACAACAACAUCUGGACCAGAAGUACAUACAAGGACUUUAAAUGAUAAACGCUCCUGCCCUCCCACCUAUUUUACCUGUUCCGAUGGCAGCUGUAUACCAAUGCGUUGGAAGUGCGAUUCCAAGCCUGACUGUGCCGAUGGCUCCGAUGAGCCGAGUGACUGUGUGAACGCUUCCAAAUGCAACGAGGGUCAAUUUCAGUGCACGCAUUCCAGAAAAUGUAUACCCAAUAAUUGGGUUUGCGAUAGCGAGUACGAUUGCGGCGAAAUCGAUACAUCGGAUGAGACGAAUUGCCAUUCCGUUGCAUUGAAAUGCCUGCCGUAUCAGAGUGAAUGCAGCAACGGUGUCUGCCUGGACAUAUCCCGCUUCUGCGACGGCUUGUGGGAUUGUGAUAGCGAUGAGCUCAAUUGUGAUACACAGGAUGCACAAUGCGCGCAUCUUAAUUGUUCCUUCAAUUGCAAGUUGACCACACGGAACGGACCCACCUGUUAUUGCCCGCUCGGCCAGGUACCCGUCAAUGGUACACAGUGUGCCGACUUCGAUGAGUGCAGCGUAGAGGGCACCUGCGACCAGGUGUGCCACAAUACGCCGAGUUCGUAUGAGUGCAGCUGCGUGGCAGGCUAUGUGAAGCAGAGGAAUCACUGUAUGGCUAUAAAUGUGCCACCGAGUGAAAACGCCUCACUUGUUUUCUUCACGCAAGACGAUAUGCGUCGCGUGGACAGCAACGGUGUGCUACUUGACCACUUUGUGUCCGGUGAAGUGUCUGCCAUCGAAAUUUGGCAUCGCAAUCGUACCGUGUGUGCCAUGUACUCCAGCGCCUGGACGACGGUCAGCAUGCGUUGUCAUCGUAUCGAUGAUAUGAAUGUCAGCUGGCCCAUGCCGUUGCCGGGAAUUGUGGCCAGCAUGCUUUCUAUAGAUAAACUCUUGUUAGACUGGAUAUCUGGUAAUUGGUAUUUCCUCAAUAAUGAGCUGAGUCUCGUCUUCAUGUGUACGAAUUCCAUGAAAUAUUGUAAUGUGCUAUUGGAGGAUGUCAUGAAUCCCUCAUCAUUGGUGUUGGAUCCCACCAAAGGUUUCUUGUUUUUUACCGAAUGGAGUCCCACUUUAUCCCGCGUCACUCUAGACGGCCGCAAUCGCACCACUUUGGUUUCAACGCAAAUUUAUUAUCCCAGUCGCAUGGCAUUGGAUUUACCCAACGAACAUGUUUACUGGAUAGAUAUCUAUAAGGAUUUCAUUGAGCGCGUCGAUUACGAGGGACGUAAUCGUUGGGCGAUGAAGAAGACCGCAGAUACUCACUUUGUACUCAAAUCGCUACAUGCUGUCGAAGUUUUUGAAAACACCGUCUACCUAGCGCCUUGGGUUGAUACCGUUAUUGUUAAGGUCAAUAAAUUUACGCUAAAACCUGAGCAAAUCGUGGAUGAUGCUGACAGGCCAUAUGACUUUCGGGUUUUCCAUCGCCAGAAGCAGCCGGAAGUGGCUCAUCAAUGUCGUGACAACAACGGCAAUUGCAAUCAAAUCUGCAUACCGCUAUGGACGAAAAAUUUCGCCACCGUCCAAUGCCAAUGCACUGCCGGCUAUAAAUUACACAACCGCACGGACUGCGUGCAGGUGCGCACUGAUAAGUUUUUACUCUACAGCAAGGAGCGUUUGGCCAGCAUCAGCGGUGUCUCGUUAAACGUGCAGGAGGUGCAAGAGUUAGUCACACGUGGUGAGCACACCGAUGCCAUGGUGCCGAUAUAUAAUAUCAGCCGAGCUUUGAGCAUCGACGUGAAUGUGCAGGAUAAAUUGGUGUAUUACGUUGUGAUGAAGGCCUCGAGUUACGCGCUCUACAGUCAGUCCAUUGUCAGCGGCGAGCGCACAUUGUUGGCUAAUGGCAGCGUAAGCUCAUCGGUCUUGGCCUACGAUUGGAUCGCGCAGCAUAUGUACUGGGGCGAGGGAAACGCGCUGCGUGUGGCGUCCAUAAAAAAUAUGAGCAACAUUUUUACUCUGCCUAUAGUUGAGAUGCCGAUUUCCUUGGCGUUACAUCCCACCGAAGGCAAGCUAUAUUUCACGCAUUGGCUUGGCGAUGCAAAAGGCAAGAUCUACAGUGCUUGGCUUGAUGGUACACACAAAACUGUGUUGGCUGAGACUGUAAAGGAUAUGCCCAUGUCCUGGCCACUUAGUUUGAGUAUCGAUCGGAGAGGCAAAAAGUUGUACUGGUGUGAUGUUAAGACGUACAGCAUAGAACGUAUGAACUUGGAUGGCUCACAACGUGUUGUGCUCUUCAAGGAUGCACAAUAUCAUCCGUUGUCUAUGGCGUUUCAUAAUGGCGUUGUCUAUUGGGUGGACAAGCGGAAUGGUACCAUACAGCGAUUUUCAGUGAACUCAAAUACGUUCAGAACACCUCUGAAGGGCAGCCAAACGAGCGUACAUCUUUUGGCACGUGUUGGCACAAAUCACCUCCGUGUCUUCGAUGCCGCUACUCAGCCAAUAUCGGUCUCAAUGAAUUCAUGUGCGAAAUCAAAGUGCCCGGGUAUUUGCUUAGACACGCCACAGGGUCCUGUCUGUCGUUGUCCGGAUAAUUUCACCCUGAACGCCAACGGUCUGCAAUGUAUACGACAAGUGAUGUUGACUGAGCCAUCGGGCAAUUGUUCAUUGGGAUUUCAAUGCAUCAAAUCAAAACAGUGUGUCGAUACAAAAGACGUGUGUGAUGGGUUCGAUGACUGCAGUGAUGGUAGCGAUGAAAGCAAUGAACCGAACGGACCCUGCAAUAUGAAGAAAUGCGAUUUGAGUUUACAUUUCAUCUGUAAUGAUCGUUGCUAUCAGCGCUCCUUGCUCUGUAGUUCUAUUGCCUACUGCAAGGAUGGCACCGAUCAGUUGAAUUGUGAGACUCACACGUGUAAUAGUAAUGAGUUUACGUGCGCGAAAAGCGGCAAAUGUAUUCGACUAUCGUGGGUUAACGACGGUGUGGCGGACUGUGGACCCGAUGACUCGUCAGACGAGAUGCUGGCUGCAUUUGAUAUGGAAGAAAAAUGCCCGGAAUUUGACUGUAAAAAUGGCAAGUGUCGACCAUUUUCGGACGUUUGUGAUGGAAUAGACCAGUGCGGCGACAAUUCGGACGAACGCGGCUGCGAGUUCGAGUGCGGACGCGAUGAGCAUUACUGUGUGCCCAUCGGCUGCUAUGGCGAGCUACAUAUGUGUGACGGUAUCCAAGAUUGUGCUGAUUUUAGCGAUGAAGCAAAUUGUAAUGAGACGAAGAGCGACAAUCAUCCCAUAGAUUUGGGUGAGGUGCACGUUUGUGGCAGUAAAGAGUUUGGCUGCUUAGAUCCGUUCGAGUGCAUACCAGAGUAUUUGCGUUGCGAUGGUAUACCUCACUGCUACGACAAGUCGGACGAACUCAAUUGCACCAGCAUAAACGCUUCGCGCGUGGAUUUUAAUGAGACGAUAUUUUCCUGUGAAGCGCCAGACCGCCUUUGCGCCGUGUCGAAUAAAUGCAUCAGUGUUAAGCAACUCUGCGAUGGCCACAUCGAUUGUGAAGACACCACCGAUGAGGGAUUUCUGUGUGGUGAUAAAAUGUGCGAAACGGCGAACGAAUGCUCGCACUAUUGCCACAAUGCACCGGAGGGUUUCAUCUGUUCAUGUCCGCCCCACAUGUACCUGCAGCCAAAUGGUCGACGAUGCAGCAUGCAACAUGCUUGUGAGCAUUGGGAUACCUGCUCGCAAAUAUGUGAAACUGUUGGCAAGGUGUACGAGUGUAAGUGUCACGAAGGCUAUGAGCUCGAAUAUGAUCGCUUCAGUUGUAAGAGCACCGCGGAGGAUGAACCCUAUGUCAUAUUUACGAAUCGUCAGGAGAUACGCGGCGUCAAUUUGCGAAAGUCGGUGGUGAGCAAUUUCUAUACCUCGUUGCGUAAUACGAUCGCUUUAGACUUUCUCUACAACAACGAGUCGGUGCAGAUAUUUUGGACAGAUGUAAUCGAUGAUAAAAUCUACCGCGGCUAUUUGGUGGGUGAGAGUUUGCGAAAAGUGGAGGCUGUGGUGCAUUCUGGUUUAUCCACCACCGAGGGUUUGGCGGUGGAUUGGAUCGGCAUGAAUCUAUAUUGGGUCGAUUCGAACCUUGAUCAGAUAGAGGUGGCAAAACUGAACGGCAGCUAUCGACGUACACUGGUUGCCGGUGCAAUGGAGAGUCCACGCGCAAUAGCGCUCGAUCCACGUGAGGGCUUACUCUUCUGGACCGAUUGGGAUGAUAAUUUUCCACGGAUUGAGCGUUGCUCGAUGGCAGGCGAAUAUCGUCGCACUAUCUCCACCACUUCACAGGUGUCAGCUGGUUGGCCAAACGGUCUGACUUUGGACUACACACAGAAGCGGGUUUAUUGGGUGGACGCCAAGUCUGAUUCCAUUUCAACAAUUAAAUACGACGGAUCCGAUCAUCAUCUGGUGGUGCGUGAUAAGGAUAUACUAUCGCAUCCGUUCGCCAUAUCUGUCUUCGAGAAUUAUGUAUAUUGGACCGAUUGGCGCACCACGUCUGUGAUACGUGCCAAUAAGUGGAACGGUUCCAAUAUUCAGGUUAUCCAACGUACGCAGACCCAGCCGUUUGGCAUACAAGUGUUGCAUUCCAGUCGACAGCCACAGGGGCAGAAUCCGUGUGGCAAUAAUAAUGGGGGCUGCUCACAUUUGUGUUUGCUGACCGUGAAAAAAGGUUACAAAUGCGAGUGUCCGCACAUAAUGCGCUUGGAUCCCACAGAUCACCGCACUUGCGUGCCCAACGAACAGGUGCUGCUCUUCAUUAUGGGCGAUGAGAUACGCGGCAUUGACUUGAUGCAACCCAACCAUCAUACGAUACCCACCAUAAGACAAUCACCUCAGGUGCUAGCGCCCCAGCGUAUUGACUUUACCGUAGACGAUAGCCGCAUUUAUUGGUCCGAUGUACAGUUAAAUGAAAUCAAGACCGCGGGUAUUUCGAACGGACUUAUCGAUACCAUUAUCAAUACGGAUAUCCAGAAACCCUAUGGGUUCGCUAUUGACUGGAUAGCGCGGCACAUGUACUUUUCCACGGGAAAAACGAAAUGUCAAAUAUUGGCGAGCAAUUUGAAGGGCGAAUAUGUCACGGAGAUACAUAGAGACCUCAAUUUGGUGGAGAGUAUAGCCUUGGAUCCUGCGAACGGUAAAAUGUAUUGGAUACACUCGGAGCGUGACUCGGAACUGUGGCUCAUUGAGCAGAGUAAUUUAGACGGUUCAUCGCGUAGUGUCAUUGUACAGCAUAACAAGACACUGCUCAGUCUGACAACGGACUUCGAUUCUCAGCGUCUGUAUUAUGUUUACGAUAACUCAGGCAUUGCCUACUACGACAUCGCGCGAAAGAUCGUUGUUGAAGCUCUGCAAUCAAGUGAGAUUAUGACCAUCAGUUCGGUAACAGUCUACAAUGGAUCUAUAUAUUUUCCGGAGAAUAUACAAAGUGCUAUCAUGAGUUGCGGCAAAGACUCGUGCUAUAACAUGACGAGUGUGCGCACCAAUACAAGUGAGUGUUAUUGUGCUUCAUUUUCUGGAGCUCAACAUGCUAAUUGUCAUUUGGUAUUUUGUGCUCUAGAGAUUCGGAAGCUUUACAUAUCCUAUAUCUGCCUCAGUCCAUCCACUUCAUACGUUCUGAUUUUUGAUUCAGUUUUGGGCAUCCACAUUUAUCUUUUCCUUAUUUUUUCAGAAAGCAUUCAAUCGCUGAAGAUGUUCUAUUCGGAAGCACAGACCGGCACGAACAAUUGUGCGGGACCACGUCGUGGGGGCUGUGAACACCUCUGCUUGGCUACAUCAGCCACUGAACAUGUCUGUCGAUGUGCUAUUGGAUACGAUGUGGUUAAAACAAAUGCUUCACGUUGCGUGGGGAAAUCUGAAUUCGUCUUCUAUUCCAAUCACGAGCUUAAAGGCAUUGAGCUUUACGAUCCUAAUAGACCGGAAUCACAGUUCGAAGAGAAACCGGCGCUUGGUCCGAUUUCACGCAUCUCACUCGCCACGUAUAUUGACUACGACACCAAAGAGGACUUUCUGUAUUGGGGCGAUAGUGAACGUGGCACAAUUUCGCGCAUCAAACGCGAUGGCACACUGCGCUUUGAUAUACUCCCAGCCGUUGACACUACAGACCCCAAGCAGCAAGAUUGGUUGGGUGGCAUCGCUGUGGACUGGGUUGCCGGAAACAUUUAUUGGAGCGAUAUGAAGCGUAAUCUCAUCGAAGUAGCUCGGCUAGAUGGCACUCACCGACACGUUGUUGUCUCCAAUGUAGAAGCACCAACGGCACUGGCCAUAGACCCUGUGCAGGGCUUACUUUUUUAUGUGGGUAGUGGCGUGAUUGGCCGCACAGGCUUAGAUGGAAGCCAAUCAUUCAUACUCGUGAAUCAAACGGGCACGGUGAGCAACCUCAUAUUGGACAUUGAUGCUACCAAGGUGUAUUGGUGUGACAGUGGUUCGAAUAUUAUCAUGAAGGUGGAUUAUGAUGGCAAUCUGAAGACGCCACUACUCAAUAAUUCACUCGACAAUCCGGUGGCACUGGCCAAACUCGACGACUAUCUAUACUGGGCGGACAACAACAACAACAAGGGUAGUAUAAAGGUGGCACCGAUUACAAAUUUAUCAGAUUUCAAGGAGAUACUUCAAUCAGAAGGUAAUGCUCUCAAAGACCUGAAAGUCUUCUCACGACGUGUGCAAAGGGGUACCAAUAUGUGCGCGGAAAAUAAUGGCGGCUGCGAGCAUUUAUGUCUGUUCAACGGCACCAGCGCCAUAUGCGCCUGCUCACAUAGCCGCGUAGCCUCCGAUGGCAGCUCCUGUGAGCCAUACGAUAGUUUUUUACUCUUCUCAUACCGCAGCACCAUUGAAAGCAUACAUAUGACAGACCACACAAACAAGAACGGCCCCAUUCACGCCAUACACAACACGACUUAUAUGCGGAAUGUCAUUGCUUUGAGCUAUGAUUAUGAGAACAGCGUUAUAUUUUAUUCGGAUGUGCAGAUGAGCACUAUCAACUCGGUGCAGUUCAAUGGCAGUCGAAACCAGGUGCUGGUGAGCCAUCAAGGUCGCGUUGAGGGUCUCACUUAUGACAUCGUGAAUAAAAUGCUCUUCUGGACUUCGAAUAAUGAUGCAUCCAUCCGAAGCUUGGAGCUGCUGCACGUUAGCGAGAACGCAGACAAUAAUACCCAGUAUGUGAAGCGAUUGCUGAUGCUGAACUCCAAUGAUAAGCCACGGGGCAUUGCGGUGGAGCCUUGUAUGGGUAUGAUUUACUGGACGAAUUGGAAUGAGGAGACUCCAUCCAUACAACGCGCAUAUGUUACUGGCUAUGGUGUCGAGUCCAUUAUACGAACCGACGUUAAGAUGCCAAACGCGCUUACAUUGGAUUUCGAUGAACAUAAAUUGUAUUGGGCGGACGCACGUCUUGACAAAAUCGAACGCGCCAACUAUGAUGGCUCCCAUCGCACUGUAUUAGCGCAUUCCACGCCAAAGCAUGCCUUCUCGAUGGCUGUUUAUGGCGAUUUACUCUUCUGGACAGACUGGGUGUUGCACGCUGUGGUGCGCGCCAGCAAAUAUUCCGGCGCAGAUGUGGUAUUUCUGCGAGAGAAUAUCGAUCGGCCCAUGGGCAUUAUCGCUGUGCAAAAUACCACCAUAAAUUGUGACUCGAACCAAUGCAAGAUAUUGAACGGCGGCUGCGAGGACGUGUGCAUAUUGAGUAAGAACGGCACAGCAAGCUGUCAGUGCUCGAGGGGUACAUUGGCGCCGGACGGACGACGCUGUUUGUUAUUGCCCAACAAGAACUGUGAUAAAGAUCAAUUCUCUUGCAUAUCCGGUGAGUGCAUACCCCUGGAGUUGACCUGUGAUAACAUAACACACUGUUUGGAUGGAUCCGAUGAGCGCCGCAGCUAUUGUAUACUGCGCGAGUGCCCAGCACGCUUUUUCAUGUGCAAUAAUCAUCGGUGCAUACCACAGAACCAGACUUGCGACGGGGUACAUCAAUGCGGCGAUGGCUCCGAUGAGUCUGAGUUGGUUUGCAAAUGUGAGCCCGACAAGUUCCGCUGUAAUAGCGGCGAGUGCAUUUCUAUGCAGUUUGUCUGCGAUAAUGUGCGCGACUGCAAGGAUUUUAGCGAUGAGAAACAUUGUCCGCCACGUGAAUGCCCUAGAGGCGAUGUGCUAUUCGAACACUGCGUCAACUCUUCGUCCUGCUUCAUGCCGUCUUGGCGUUGUGACGGCGAUAAUGACUGUCCGGACGGCAGUGAUGAGUUGAAUUGUGAGAACGUACAUAAGGUGCCUUGUGGACCGGGGCAGUUUCAAUGUCCGAAUGGGCGUUGCAUCAAUGAAAAAUGGCGUUGUGAUGGCGAAAAUGAUUGUAAAGAUGUGGUAAAUGGUUUGAGUGCUGACGAGGUAGGCUGCAAGACGCAGUGUCGGAAGAGCGAGUUUCAUUGCGGCAAUACUUGCAUACCCAGCAGUUGGCAGUGCGAUGGCAAACCGGACUGUGAUGAUGGCUCGGACGAGGGUGCCCAGUGCCCGAACCGUAUAUGUCGGCCGCACUUCUUCCAAUGUAAGUCAUCGGGACGUUGCAUACCACAGAAAUGGGUUUGUGAUGGUGAGCAUGACUGCCCCGCACCAGGCAGCGAAGACGAAGGAAAACAUUGCGCUGCGGGUUCGGUGCAACAUGAGCUCGAGUGCUUACCGCCGUCUUUUCUCUGUUCGAAUGGCAUGUGUUUGGAUCGGCGCUACGUUUGUGAUGGAGAUCAUGAUUGUCCUGAUGGCGAAGACGAGUAUGAAAGUUGUGAGCCAUUCGCGCAAGCUCAAGUUUGCGACAGCGCGACGGAAUUCCAAUGUCACGAUUUACAAUGUAUUGCUAAGAAUCUUACAUGUGACACCAAGCCUGACUGUGUUGAUGGUUCUGACGAAGACGCGCAGCUCUGUGUGCACUCACAUAACUUAUGUCAGGGACCGGAUGACUUUCGUUGUGGCAAUGGUGCCUGCAUUUCGACAGAUUUGCUUUGCGAUGGACGCAAUGAUUGUGUAGAUUUCACCGAUGAGGAGCUCUGCAAUGUGGACGAAUGUGUUAUACCCGACUUGUGCGAGCACAAAUGUGUGGAUAAGGUUAUUGGUUUCGAGUGUCAGUGCAAUCCUGGCUAUAAGCUGCUCGCCUCCAAUCAACAUUUAUGUGACGACAUCGACGAGUGCCAUGAACAACAUCCUUGUUCGCAGAUUUGCGUCAACACUUAUGGCUCCUACAAGUGUCUCUGUGGUAAGGGUUAUGAACUAGUUGACCACAACACCUGUAAAGCCACAACCAAUGAGACCGUAAAGUUCAUUUUCGCCAACCGCUACUACAUUCGCCAAGUGGAUAUGCGCGGUAACGGCUCCAUACUCAUCCAUCAGCUGUCUAACGUAGUAGCUUUGGAUUUCGAUUGGGAAACGAAAUGUCUUUACUGGUCAGAUGUAACAUCGGCGGUGGGGAUGAUUAAGCGCUAUUGUCCUGCUGAAAACAAAACGUCCACUUUGCAUCAAGCAAUGAUCAAGAAUCCCGACGGUUUGGCAGUAGAUUGGGUGGGGAAGAACUUGUACUGGUGCGACAAAGGCUUGGACACAAUUGAAGUCUCAAAAUUAGAUGGCAAAUACCGACGUGUGCUAAUCAAUGAAAAUUUACGUGAGCCACGCGGCGUCGCGCUGGAUCCCUUCAACCGUCAUAUAUUCUGGUCGGAUUGGGGUGAUAAUCCGCAUAUAGGUAAGGCUGGCAUGGAUGGUUCCAAUCCGCGUAUGAUAAUAAGAGAUAACUUGGGUUGGCCAAAUGCGCUGACAAUUUCCUUUGAGACGAAUGAACUAUUUUGGGGCGACGCGCGCGAAGACACGAUCUCGGUAUCUGAUUUGGAUGGAAAGAAUAUACGUCUACUGCUGGCACGCAGUAUUAACCCGCAGUUGAAUUUGCAUCACAUAUUCGCUAUCGCAGUGUGGGAGGACAAGGUGUACUGGUCUGACUGGGAGACUAAGUCCAUUGAGUAUUGCAAUAAGUAUAACGGUCAAAAUUGCUCAACAUUGGUCACCAUCAUUCAUCGGCCAAUGGAUCUGAGGAUCUACCAUCCAUACAGACAGCAGCAGCCCUCAACACCCAAUCCCUGCUUGACCGCCGGUUGCUCGACGCUUUGUCUGCUCUCGCCGGAAGCGCCAUACUACAAAUGCGUUUGUCCGAAUAACUUCGUGUUAGGAGAGGAUGGCAAAUCCUGCCAUGCAAACUGCACGGCGGCCCACUUCGAAUGCGCCAACACCUACAAAUGUAUACCCUUUUAUUGGAAAUGCGACACGCAAGAUGACUGUGGGGACGGGAGCGAUGAACCCGCCUCAUGCCCACCGUUUCAUUGCGAACCAGGACAAUAUCAAUGUGAUAACAAGAAAUGCAUCUUUCCCUCGGCUAUCUGCGACAACGCCAAUAACUGUGGCGACAAUUCGGAUGAGCGAAACUGUGAGAAAUUUACUUGCUUCGAAAAUUAUAUGAAAUGCGAAGCUUCGACCAACACGAGCGCCUUCUGCAUAAGUAACAAUAAGAAAUGCGAUGGUGUGAACGACUGUCCGAACGGCGAGGACGAAGCUGGCUGCACCCCUCUCGUCUGCAAUAAGGAGCAAUUCCAAUGUGGCAACAAUCGUUGUGUACCUUACGUGUGGGUGUGCGACGGCGAUGCCGACUGUGCAGAUAAAUCGGACGAAGAGCGUUGUGAUUUGGUCACAUGUGAGCCGAGCGAUUUCCAAUGCAACUCUGGCCGUUGCAUUCCGAUGGCAUGGCGGUGUGAUGGUGAGAACGAUUGUCCGAAUGGUGAAGACGAGCCACCCACUUGCCACUCAUCGAAGGAGAGCUGCGACCCCACCUACUUUAAGUGCAACAACUCGAAAUGCAUACCUGGGCGAUGGCGUUGUGACUAUGAGAACGACUGUGGCGAUGGCAGCGAUGAGUUGAACUGUCAGAUGCGCAACUGUUCUGAGAGCGAGUUCCGUUGCGGCACCGGCAAGUGCAUAAAACACGACUACCGCUGUGAUGGCGAAAUACAUUGCGACGAUAGCAGCGAUGAGAUCAAUUGCAAUAUCACGUGCAAGGCUAACCAAUUCAAGUGUGCGGCUUUCAAUACAUGUAUAAAUAAGCAAUAUCAAUGCGAUGGCGAUGACGAUUGUCCCGACGGUUCGGACGAGGUAAAUUGCACAUGUCCGGCCAACUAUUUCACUUGUGCUAAUGGUAAAUGCAUAAUGUCACGUUGGAAGUGCGACGGCUGGGAUGACUGUACGGAUGGCAGUGAUGAAAGCAUCGACACAUGCGCCCAUGAACACUGCCAUGCCAAUGCCUUUAAGUGCUCCAAUUUGAAGUGUAUACGCAAGUCAGCACUAUGUGACGGUGUAAACGACUGCGAGAAUUCUGAGGAUGAGUCAGAUGAGGUUUGUGCGGCGCUUCCGAAGUGUCGACACGAUCAGUUCCAGUGCGAGAACGAUGAUUGCAUAUCGAAAGCUUUCCGUUGUGAUGGUCAAUACAACUGCAUAGACGGAUCGGAUGAGAUGAACUGUCAGCCCCCAGUGUGCGGUUUUGGCACUUGUUCGCAGAUUUGUAUUGAAAAGAAAGCUGGUCAUUAUAACUGCAAGUGCACGGAGGGUUAUCAGAAGGGGUCAAAGAAGAACGACACCUGUUUGGCGUCAGGACCCGAUCAAAUACUGCUACUCGCCUCCGAACAAGAGUUCCGUUUCAUUUUGCCUGCCAAGCAAGAAGGUACUACUGUAGUAGGUUUCUUCCAAACGGAUAGCCUGAAAAUAGAUGUAUUCGACAUACUUAUCCGCUCGAAAGACACACUCCUCUUUUGGAUUGAUUCGCACCACGGUAAAGUGCAUACAAUGAAAAUCGCCACACCCCAUGUUGAAUCAGGUACACGCGUACGCAGAGAUCUUAAGGAGCUGACUGCAUUUAAUAUACCCGACCUAAACGAUCCCAAAUCACUCGCUGUAGACUGGAUUACUCAAAUGGUUUACAUAAUCGAUUCGCGACACAACCAGAUUAUUGCUACCGACAUUGAUGGCAAGAAGUACGUUUCUCUGGCAUCGACUGGCAUGAAUCCCACCGAUAUUGUGUUGGAGCCAGAAUCGCGUAUCAUGAUUUGGUCCACAUUGGAAAAUGGAAUUUUGGUAGCAUCACUAGAUGGCACGAAUAAGAAGAGUUUAGUCGAGCGUGAUGUGGGUUGGCCCAUUAGCUUGUCGAUCGAUUAUCCUACAGGUCGCUUAUAUUGGGCCGAUUACCGUAAGGGCACAAUUGAAACAUGCAGAUUGAAUGGCAAGGAUCGCAAUGUAGUGCGACGUUUUUCGAACAAAGAAAAACCACAAAAGAUUGACGUGUUUGAGGAUUUCCUCUACAUAAAGUUAUACGAUCAGAGCAUUAUUAAAAUGAAUAAAUUCGGAGUGGAUAAUGGGACUUAUCUGCUGAAAGGCUAUCGUUCAUCCGACAUUGGCAUCUUGCACCCACUGAAGCAGAACCGGAAUAUUACAAAUCCUUGUGCAAAGGAGCCUUGCAAAUCGAGACGUGCACUUUGUAUUCUCUCCUCCGAGGCUCGCAACGGCUUCGCCUGCAAAUGUCCCAAUGAUCUUAUUAUGAUUGAUAAUGAGUGUAAAGCACAUAGCGAAGUGCCCGACUAUUGUCCUUUGAAGUGCAACCUCGGCACCUGCAAAGUGAUCGAUCACGUGCCAAAAUGCAUAUGUCAGCCGCAGUUUGAGGGAGAGCUGUGUGAGCAUUCACGUUGUUCGGGUUAUUGCUUGAACUAUGGUCUUUGUACGGUAGCAUCGCAAUUACCUGGUUCAUUGGAGCCACCCCCACUGAAAUGUACCUGCACUCCUGGCUGGUCGGGACCGCGUUGUGAGACAUCUGUGCCGGAAUGUCAGAGUCGCUGCCAUAACGGUGGUUCCUGUCUCAUCAAUGAGGAAGGCAUGAAGUGCACCUGUCCGGACUUUUAUGUAGGCGCACAGUGUGAGCAUUGCGUGAAUUUGACAUGUGCCAAUGGCGGCAUCUGUCGAGAGACUUUGACCGGCACUACACAGUGCGAGUGUCCGGAUGGUUUCACAGGUAAACGUUGUGAGGUGAACGUCUGCGAUGGCUUCUGUAAGAAUCAGGGUGUUUGCAGUAUCGGCACAAAAGGUGGUCCGCAAUGCCAGUGCCCGGUAGGAUACUAUGGCGAACAAUGCGAAUCUGACUCCUGUCAAACCUACUGUUUGAAUGGCGGCCUAUGCAGCGAGCGCGAACAGCGCUUGAUAUGCAGCUGCAGCGAACGCUUUGAAGGGGAACGUUGCGAAACUGACCUGUGCAAAACAGCAACACCACCCCACUUUUGUGAUGAAUCCGAGCUGCCAUCACGCAAUCCUUGCACGGGUAUCAUCUGCCAGAAUAGUGGUACGUGCCAUGUUAUCAAAGGCAUCGCCAUGUGCAACUGCACCGAUCGCUGGAAUGGCGAGUUUUGUGAGCGUCUCGUGUCUGAGGACAAUCCAUGUGUUGGCUAUUGUAGGAACAGCGGUGUUUGUCAUUUGGACGCGUAUUCGGUACCGCAUUGCAGUUGCAUCGGCGAAUGGGAGGGCGAUUCCUGUAAUUUGCCGCCGAAAUGUGUCAGCGGUUGCGGUGUUUGCCGCACCGGCAGUUCGAUUAAUGAAUGCCUGUGCUCCAACGGAAAAAUAACGCCCUGUUUGGCUGAAAGUACGGAUAAUGUGAAUGUGGAGCGGCAGGAAGGGGAGGAACAUUCUGCGAAUGUCCUUUCAAUAUUAGCAGUUGUACUUUCGGUCAUUGUUUUGCUGCUUACGCUUUUCGGUGGCGCAAUAUAUUUCCUAAAGAAACAUCGCAUAUCCCAACCAUUUUCACAUGCACGUCUCACCGAUAACGUGGAAAUAAUGCUUACGAAUCCAAUGUAUCGAGGCGAUGCCGAUGAAGCGCCUGCCUUUGUACACGAAGAUGAUAAGGGUAAUUUCGCGAAUCCCGUUUAUGAGUCCAUGUAUGCCGACGCCAUUGUCGAACCGGCGGCGGUGGUGGAGAACGUUCUAAGUACGGCGCCCGAUGAGCGAAAAGGUCUCCUACAGCACUCACACGACGACACAAGCACACCAGAUAUUCUUUGAUGAUUAACUACGAAUGAAGUGUGUUAAAUAGAGCGUUGUUUGUACUCCAAUUUGUAGGUUAGAGAGAGAAAAUAAGAAUACAAGAAAAUAGGUGAAAAUAUGAUAACACUAAAUGUAAACGCCAACAACUUUUACAAGCACAUAUAUAUACGAACACACACACACACACACACACACUGAUAUUUAUACACACACCCACACAUACAUGUAAAGGACUGAUAGCGUAACGAAUUUUAACUUUCGCAUAACUUUCGAGAUGCGAAAAAUGAUUGCCAUUGACACAAUUAACACAAUUUAGAUUUCGUAAUUGGUUUAAUAGAGAGAUGCAGUUUAAUAUUAAAACUUCAAUAAUUAAAAAGUAGGAUAAAAUUAAUAGAUUUAUUUGUACAAUCAUAUGCGAAUUGAAGUAAUGUAAAUAUUAUAUUAUAUCUAUAUAUAUAUAUAUAUAUAUACAUUUAUAAGAAAAAACGCAAAAACACUGAAAUGAAAUCGAAUACAUUUUGCUGGUGUUCUGUGAGCUUAUCAAUGAAGCAUAUCAACGCCAGAUAUUUAUAUGUAUGUAUGUACAUGUAGUUAGCAAUUAAGUCAGUCACACUCAUUGCAUUUGUAUUUGUGGCUGUUCAGUAUAAUGACGAGUAUCCAUAUAAAAAAAACUCCAAAUAACGAAAGUGGUUGAUAGGGAGAGGCGAAAGGCCUGCAUGUCCUAAGAUCAUAAUCAUAUACGUGCGUUCUAAUGUAACUUGUGGCUGCAGGCGUUAUCUCAUUCGUUAUACUGAACGUUCACUGUAUUUUACAUACAUGCAUACACAUUUUACAUAGUUUACUAAUUCGAUGCAAUUGCAAUAUAGUCUAAAGAAAUUACGAGGUAGCUAAACAAAGAAAACAUAAAUUAUUUAAAAUAUUUUUUUUUUCUGCCUUACAUUUUUAAUUUGUUGGUUUUUAUUUCAUAAAAAUGAACAGCCCCGGCAGGUAGACUAUUGAAUACAUGCUGAUUUUGUUUUAAUAAUUUAGGGGCCUUACAAACUGAAAAUCUUUUGGUAACUUUAUGUAAAAAUAUCAUUUCUCGAAAAUCAGUUAAUACACUUCAUAAUAUUUAUGACACUUAAACCAAAUCAAGGCAAAUUUACGCACGGUAGUAGCAAGAAUACAAAAACAAAAAGCCUGUGUAUUGUUUGCGUAAUCAUAGUUUCGAAACGGCAAAAACGUGUUAUAGAAAGUUCGUAAUCUCAAAACCUCUUUCUCAUGUACAUAUUUAGUUUGUGUAAUUUUUUUAAAUAGAGAGAAUCAAAUGAUGUGACAACUUCACCUUCUAUAAA